AACAUGACUAAAUCCCUCAAAGCAAGGAUGCAGAUCUACUUCAUUUUUAUGAAUGACAUUUUCACAUAUGUCACAGGUGUACAAUAGAGUUUCCUACAAUAUAACAAAUACAAAUUAACACAAUAUAACAAAUAAAUUUAUAUUACUUAAAUAAAUAAGAAAUAAAAAGCAACCUAACCUAUAAGUAUGCUUAGUACUGUAUAAUAUAUAGAUACUAACUUCGUUUGUAUUUUCUGGCGAUGUAAAAUUAUCCGUCCCUUCAGUCAUACUAUAAUUAUUUAACUUCUUUCUUAUAACUUUUUAACUUCGUUCUUUCUGUGUCACCACGUGUACUUAUUUCUCUCUGUGUCACCACGUGUUUUCGGCGUUCGGCGUUGCUUCGCUAAAAGUUCAACCGUGUUGAACUUUUUAGCUAAGCAAUAACGCCAUAACGCCACCUUGACGAAAAUUGAUGGAGUGGGGGUAAAACGCUGGCUUUUCUUCGCUCCGUGAAAUUGUACCUUUAGAUUUGCGCGAUGCGCGGCAAGAAUGGUAGAAAGUACCAAAAUGGCGUUCGGGAUUAUCCCAUGACCCAUUCUCUCUGUUCGUGUUGAUUGAAAUUCCCAAAAAUGCCUGCACUUAAGAACGAGAAGUACAUUGGGCGUUGGAGCAGAAAAAGAAAGCGAAGAUUCGUAUAAAAAGUAUAGGCAACAUACCUUGUGCAAGCCGUAUCAAGCAGUAUCGCGAAUCGUCAUGUGAACGAGUGAACAUUUUCGUUCUUGUACAACAAAAUUUUGUACUUUUUACCGUAGAGAUAAUUAAGGAUGAGUCACGAUGUUUAAGAUUGAUUUUGCAAAUUUUUUGAGCCACACGGUUCCAACUUUAAGCACGGAAUUAAUCGGAUAUUUUAGUAUCGAUGGUGAUUCGCAAUAUCAUACCGAUUUGUCGCAACUAAAGUAUUAUAUUCCCCCUUCGGAUCCUGACAACGUGAAUUUCGAUCUCAACAUAAAUUAUAUGUCUACACGUCACAAGUCUACUUCGUAUAUUAAACUGGAUAAUAUUUUGAGGUGGAUUGCCGAUAAUUUUCAUCGAAUUGAAAAGCCAUUAUCAGCACAGGAAGAACGUUGGUUGGAUAUCGAUUUUAUUAGUUCUCGAGGGACAAUAAAAACAAUAUUGUAUAGCCCAUAUAAGAAAUUUGAUGAAUGGAUUAUUUGUGCCAGACGAUACCGUGGUACAAUAUAUUUAUGCGAAUUUUAUACAGAUGAAAAAGAACAUCGUUGGGUCAACAAAACGUUAGAAAAACAAGUUUCUUCAUGGGGAUUUAAAUUUGAGCAAUAUAUGGUAGCAGAUCAUCCAUCACAUAAACCAGAUCUAUCAGUACCUUUCAAUGAGUGCGAAGCAUUUCACUGUAUGUUUAAAGCAAACUUUGGCAAUAAUUCGUUAUUAUAUGGAGCAGAAAUAGAUGGUAUUUCUUCGCAACAGCCUAUAACAGAUACGCUUAUUGGCAAAACUUUUGAAAUAAUCGAGUUGAAAACGUUUCCAAUGAGUAAUAUAAUAAAUGAAAAAAUUCCUCGGCAUGUAGUAUUAGAAUGGUGGAGUCAGAACUACUUGGUGGAAAUAAAUAGAGUUAUAUGUGGAUUAAAAGGUGAAAGAAGCAAGGUGAGAAUGAUCAAGGAAUAUCCUACGCAUGAUCUGCCGAAGCUUUCAAAGGUAAAUAAUUCUGUAUAA